CUUACCUCCCCGCAUUUUCACAUCGCCAUCUUGAAAAUAGGUACUUGGAAACCAACUCCCGCAUUUUCCGUUGUUAUUUACUUAUUUUGAGCUGGUGGCGCAGACAUGGAGAACGGAGUUUUAGCAAACUUUCAUUUCUUCUUUAAUUAUUUGCAAACCUUUCCCUGCAAUGUAUUUAUUUGUAAAUUAGCAAAAUCGCACUUACCAACUUUUUUAACUCCACGCGGAUUUCCUCGCUGGAGCAAUGGAGACGAGAGAAGUGCCAGACGUGAGACAAGAAGUUAAGGGAGAUUGCAGAAUGGCUGAUUUGACCGAAGCUACUGAGACCCCCGAAGUUUCCGAGACUCCCCUGGCACCAGAGGAUGAGCGUAAACUGUUUGUCGGAGGACUCCCACAAGAGGCCAAGGAUACAGAUAUCAAGGAGUACUUUGGUUCCUUCGGAGAGAUCGAGAACGUCAACCUGAAGACAGAUCCACAGACGGGAAGAUCUCGAGGGUUUGCAUUUGUAGUGUUCAAGGACCCAGCUAGUUUGAUCGCAGCCAGCGCCGACGAAUCACAUGUUAUCAAGGGCAAGAAAGUUACCUGUAAGAAAGCUGAAGCCCGGCAGGGUAAAAUCUACGUAGGAAAACUUCCCUCAGAAGGUCUGACCACCGAUGAAGUAAAGGAUUUCUUCGCCCAACACGGAACCGUCUCUGAGAUUGUCCGACCCGUGGACAAAACCAACAAUGAUACUCCCAAGAACUUUGCUUUCGUCACAUUUGAGAAGGAGGAUGUUGCUAAGCAGUUGGUGAAGGAAGGAACAGCUAGCAUCAACGGAUUCGAAGUUGAGAUUAAGAGAGUAACACCCAAGGAUGGCGGACGAGGAGGUAUGCGAGGCGGUUAUGGGGGCGGAUACGGCGGUGGUUAUGGAGAUCCCUAUGGUAUGUACGGAGGAUAUGGCGGUUAUGGUGAUCCAUAUGGAUACGGAGCUGCAUACGGCGGAUAUGGAGGAUAUGGCGGAGGUCCCCCAGCCGGCGGAAAGGUCCGAGGCGGAGGACGUGGAAGAGGGCGUGGAAGGAGCAGGCCGUACUAAAUUUAUAUCUCUCAUUUCGGACUCAAAUCUACCUUCAAGCAAUCUUCCCCAAGUUUGUGCUGUAUUGAGUAACUCUUGUUCAAUGUUGAUAAAUACCUGUACAAAAAAUAACAAACUCAAAACAAACCUUUUCUUUUUUUAUUCCGAUUUUUUUUCUGAAUGUCUAGAUAAAUGUUUUCUGUCUAAACAUAUUAAACCAUUAAAAAGA